CGACGAUUAUUGAUGUAGCCUGGGGGAAAUGACAAAACAUGAAUCUUUCAUGUGGCGCUGCGCAGUGCAAAGCCGCUUCUAUCGCCUCCGCCGCGGCGAGAGAGAUGGCCCGGGCUGGCGCACACGGUACACACGGAGUCAGACCGACUGCCUACUCUGCUGCACACGUCUCUGUGCCUUACUAGGGCGAUGGGCUAUGGAGAAGACGACAGACAACAACCCGACAACAACGUCCCCAGUGAACGGUGUUGCUAACGGAGUGCCUCCGAAGGACAUGAAAGACGCGAACGCGAACACAACGGCCAAGUCGCGCUUACCUCGCUCGAAAAGGAUGCCUCUCCUCAAGGAUGGUUUACGGACAGCUACGGAAGGAGGCGGCACGACCUCCUCUACUUCCUCCCCCGAGCACAGAGCCUUACUGGACGAGAAGAUUUUGUCGCGGUUGUUCACGUAUUUCUGGCCGUGCGAGAGAUGCGUGCUCGCACAGGUGUGCUCCAAAUGGAAGCAGGUUUUGUACCAGCCCAAAUUCUGGCGUGAAGUAACGCCCAUCUUGCACUGCCGAGAGCUGUACACCGAGGGAACGGACGGAGAAAAAAGGUUUGUGGACUUAACCAGCUUCCAGCAACGCGGGUUCGAGUCCGCCUGCCUGGUAGGUGUAGCCGAUUUGGACAUUUGCGAAUUUAUCGACAACUACCCUCCCUCAAAGAAGACCAUUAAAUACAUCUCGCUCAAGAGAUCCACUGUGACGGACGCGGGGUUAGAGGUCAUGCUCGAGCAGAUGACGUCACUGACGGGUCUUGAACUUUCCGGGUGUAACGACUUUUCGGAGGCGGGGCUCUGGUCGAGUUUGAACGCUAGGAUUGUCAAACUUUGCAUCAGCGACUGCAUCAACGUCGCGGACGACAGUCUGGCCGCCAUUGCCCAGUUGCUUCCCAACUUGCGAGAGUUAAACCUGCAGGCGUAUCACGUGACCGACACGGCCCUGUCCUACUUCACCACCAAGCAGAGCCACUCCAUGCACACACUGCGCCUGCGCUCGUGCUGGGAGACCACCAACCACGGCAUCGUUAACAUCGUGCACUCCCUGCCGAACUUGACCCAGCUCAGCCUAUCGGGAUGCUCCAAGAUCACGGACGACGCCGUGGAGCUCAUCGCAGAGAACUUGAAGAAGCUGCGGUCCUUGGACCUCUCCUGGUGCCCGCGCAUGACCGACGCCUCCUUAGAGUACAUCGCCUGCGACUUGCACCGUCUUGAGGAGCUGGUGCUAGACAGGUGCGUACGUAUCACGGACACCGGGCUGGGGUUUCUAUCCACCAUGACGUCACUGACGGCCCUGUACCUCCGCUGGUGCUGCCAGGUGCAGGACUUCGGUCUGCAGCACAUCUACAGCAUGAAGAAGCUCAGGGUCCUCUCAUUGGCAGGCUGCCCCCUACUGACACCGGCAGGCCUAUCUGGACUGGUGCAGCUGAAGAAUCUAGAGGAGCUGGAGCUGACAAAUUGCCCGGGAACAACUCCGGAGCUGUUCCAGUAUUACGCACAGCACCUGCCUCACUGCAUGGUCAUCGAGUGAAAUGCAUCAUGGGAACCAGCCGGCCAAAUCCGUCCGCCAUAUUGGAAUUCGCAUGACGAGGAUACGUGCUCACCAUCAUCAUCAUCAUUGUUUCCAUUACCCAGAAUCGCUUGCGUUGAGAAAGCUGCAAGUUAUGAAGGAAUCAGAGUGUAAUGAUUCAUGGUAGUUUGGUAGUUAUGACGUAGGUUAAUUGUAGAAACGUCUGUUCGGCUAAGUACAAUGACUUCACGAUAUGAGCACCUUGCAUCUUCUCGCCGCAAGGGAUUUGGGUAAACGGUUUGCUCUGAAAGUUGUGCGGUACGAUUUUGAAGCGUUUUCCAUAUAUUACGCAGACUCCGCACAAGAGGAGGGGAGGGGCGGUAAGAUAUGAAACGUUUGUUGAUUGAUGGUUCUUAAAUUCAUCAGAAUUGACACUCUAAUUUGUCCUACGAGAGACUGGUGAUAUGUUGUGCUUAAAUUGUUUCAAUGGAAUUAAAGCAUUGGGCAUAUUUAAUCACUUGCCUGUGGUACUAUCCAUUGCCUUUUGGAAGGGGGGAUGCGAAUUGGCAGUUAUAUGGCGUCAACUCAAUCUUAAAAAAUACCAUCUAUGACGAUUUCGUAUUUCUUACGGAUCAUGCCGAUAUUGAAUACCAUGAAUUGAAAUAAUGUAACCGUCAGUGCUAAACAUUGAUUUAUGAUGUAUUUUCAAAGUUCCAUAGAAACGUUUUUGUCACUGCCAGAAAAAAAAUUCUAUGUGCAAUGCAGAUAAAUACCAAAGGUUGACUGAACGUUGAGUUCCUUUCUUAUUCAGCGAGGUGGAAAAGACGACACUAUGUAUGUACAUGAUUGCCACUAAUAUUUUCUGAGAAGUAGCUCGGACAAAUUUUUCUAACACGGAGAGAUGUUCAAGGGCACAUAAUGACAUCUAUUUUGAAGUGUCACCAAUACACACGAUUAUAAUUGUCUUUUUGUUCCGUUUGGAAAAGCUCUUGGAGCAACACACUGGGCGCUUGAAUACUGUGUAGAUAUAGCAGUUUAUCAUCACACAAGUAUCGAAUAUUUUAUGAAAUGUAUUUUAUCAAUACCUCAGUUUUGUCUAAGGAGAAAAAUGACCUCACUGGAAAGAAAGAAUCAUGUAUGUUUUCAAAUGAAGUGCAAAAUUGGGCACUUUUGGUAUGUAGUUAUACGUGGAAUUAUGUAUGGAUUGGUUUUUGAUAACCUUAAGACCUCGCUAUAUUAUGUUUGAAGUUAUGCCCAGUCUCCAUUGGAGAGAAUAUGUCAAUGAAGACUACUGGUAAAGUACAGUGCAGUAUAGUAUAGUUCAGUGAUGAAGUGCAAUGCUGGCAUCUACUCGAUGUUUAAGUAAAAAAAAUGUACAAUGUUUGUUUUGAAGAGCGUAAAAAAGAAUCUUUGUACAUAUUGAAAUAAUGAAG